AACUCUUCACUCAUCAAAGCAUCACACAAACACAACACACUCACAUACACAUUCUCUCUUCUCUUCAUUUUCUUAGAUCUUUAGCUCAUUUUCUACUUAUUCAAAUGGCCACCGUCGAGGUUGAACAUGUGACUCCAGCACCAGCUGAGAACGUUGAGGUACCAACACCAAAGACUGUGGAGCCGGAGGAAGCUGCCGUCGUUGAAGCCGUCACUGAGUCCGCUCCAGCUCCGGUAACAGAAACCGAAGCACCUGUCGAAGUAACGACUAAAGACUUGGUCGUUGAAGAAACAGAGAAACCAACCGAAGAAACAGAGGAGAAGAAAACAGAGGAAGCUCCAGUUGAAACUCCAGAGGUUGUAGAGAUCAAGAAAGAGGAAGAAGCUCCGGUCGAGACUCCCGCUGUUGUGGAGGAAGAGAGCAAAACAGAGGAAGUCGUAGAGACGAAACAAGAGGAAGAAGUAGAAGAAAAGAAGACAGAAGAAGCUCCAGUGGUUGUCGAGGAGGAAGAGAAGAAGCCAGAAGCAGAGGAGGAGAAACCCACUGAAGUAGCCGCCGUGGAAGCCGUCGUCGCAGCUCCGGUGGAGAAGGCUGAUGAGUAAAGUUUGAAGUGAAAAAACUGUCUUCUGAAAGACAGAAGAAGAAGAAAAAAGUUAGCAAGUAAACUAUUUGUUACUUUAAGUACUGUGUCUUGUUUUGUUGUCGAGUCUAUGACUCUUCUUGCCUUUGUUUUUACUCAAUUCUCUUAUGUUACUAUCAAUGGUUAUCAUUUUAAAUAAGAUAUACAUUAUUUUA